GCGAGGAGGCCGCUGCCUCGGGAGGCCCAGGCGGGGCGCCGGGAGGAGGGAGGAGGCCGUAAGCGGGACAGCGGCGCCGACCAGGCGACCGUCCACCCGCGUCCUGUGUGUAGCGGGACAGUCGCCGCGGGCGUGAGCGCGGGCGCCAGGGAAGCCGGCCGGGAGUCCGGCACGCGCACUUGCGCACGAGCGACCCUCCAGCGGGGCCGGCGAACGGCUGCCAGCUCCUCUGGUCCCCGCGAUCAUGCACCCAAUUUAAGGAGCUCCGAUAUUUCCUUUGACGCACGGACCUAAAUACUAAACAUUGUCUUCUGGAUGCUUCUUUGUAAUUGUUUGUGGCACAGAACAACGUCAGCACACACCGGUUUUUAUAAGCAUUUCAUUAGAGUUACUGCAAGUGCAGCUCGCCGGUGGGUGGGUUUCCAGUGAAUUCGCUUCCCACGGCCGCCCUGUGCAGAGGGAGGCGAGUGUAGUAGUUCCACUCUGUGGCCGUGGGCAGAGGUCUCGUGCUCACACCGUCGGCAGGCGAGGAUGGGGCGUUGCAGAGGCACGGCGCCUGUGUUUUGUGAAGGAGAGGGCCCCGCGGAAAGGAGGAAGGGGAGGCAGAACGCGAUGCUUCUAAAUGCAAGUGUGCGCUCAGGUCUGUUUAAGCGAAGAGAACAAGGCAAAAGUUAAGAAGCGGAACACUGGUUCCUUUGAAGUUAUCCUUGGGAAAUGGUGGGAGCCAUGAUGUCUGGGAGGCUGUUCUCUGCAGGACCAUGGAGCGUGUUGGAGGGCCUGGGGCGCUGGACUCUGGCCCCACAGGCCGCCCUCGGCCGGCUCCUCCUGCAGCACACUGCCCCCCGGCUGCUCUCGCUCAGCUCUGCGGACUGCGCCAAGGAACCUUCCAGAAAGAAACUGCUCUCCGAGAAAAAACUGAAAAGGCAUUUUGUGGACCAUCGCCGGGUGCUUGUCCGAGGGGGCCACGGAGGCGACGGGGUGAGCUGCUUCCACAGUGAGCCCCGGAAGGAGUUUGGGGGUCCCGAUGGUGGCGACGGAGGCAACGGUGGCCACAUCAUCCUGAAAGUCGACCGACAACUCAAGUCACUGUCCUCAGUCCUGUCCCAGUACCAGGGCUUUGAUGGAGAAGAUGGUGGCAGUAAAAACUGCUUCGGGCGAAAUGGUGCUCUCCUCUACGUCCGGGUCCCCAUGGGCACUUUAGUGAAGGAGGGAAACGAAGUUGUGGCUGACCUCUCACACCCCGGGGAUGAGUAUGUGGCUGCUCUGGGGGGCGCAGGAGGAAAGGGCAACCGCUUUUUCCUGGCCAAUGACAACCGCGCGCCCGUCACCUGCACCUCCGGGGAGCCCGGGCAGGAGCGGGAACUCUUCCUGGAGCUCAAGACCAUGGCCCACGCUGGCCUGGUCGGAUUCCCCAACGCAGGCAAGUCUUCGCUUCUCCGGGCCAUUUCAAACGCGAAGCCCGCUGUGGCUGCCUACCCGUUCACGACCUUGAACCCCCACGUGGGCAUUGUGCACUAUGAGGACCACCAGCAAGUAGCAGUGGCUGACGUGCCGGGCAUCAUCCGAGGCGCACACCAGAACCGAGGCCUGGGGCUGGCCUUCCUCAGACACAUCGAGCGCUGCGGCUUCCUCCUGUUCGUGGUGGACCUGGCGGUGCCGGAGCCCUGGACCCAAGUCGAGGACCUGAAGUACGAGCUGGAGAAGUACGAGCAAGGCCUGUCUGAGCGGCCCCACGCCAUCGUCGCCAAUAAGAUUGACCUCCCUCAGGCGCGAGCCAACCUGCCCGCGCUGCAGGCCCACCUGGGCGGGAAGGCCGUCGCCCUGUCGGCGGUCACGGGUGAGAACCUGGAGGAGCUGCUGCUGCGCAUCAAGGAGCUGCAUGACGAGCACAUGGCCGCCGGCCUGGCGCAGGGCCACCAGCUGUUCAGGUGGUAGCAUGUGGCUCUUUGCGGUGGGAGCUACAGGUGGCACCUUCCCACUCAGCUCGGGCCACCUCGAAGGCCCCGGCGGCCUGCUCCCGGUGCUUCCCGCGCCCUCGGCCUGCUCUCCGGCCCCUGAGAUGGGCUUGUCCCUGAACUACCCCCUGAGUAGUAGGAGCCAUGCUGCCCUGUGUGCAGGGAGCCAGCACCGCCAGAUCCGAGCCAGAGGCAUUGGUCCGGUUCCUAAGCGCCAGCCCACACAUGAGCGACUGUCACGCUGGACCUGCGAGUCCUUGGCUGUCCCCACGCCCUGCAGAGCGGCCGGGGACAGGAACGUGCUCUGUCGGAUGCCGCCAUCUGAGCAAUGCGGCGCCUCCCCUGUUGUCCUCAGACUGCGCCGAGCUCUGGGAGCUGAACAUGGCAUUGGCUUCACGACUGAAUGCACCCAAUAUCCGGCCGGAGACGCAGCUUCUGACGCUCAUCUGUGCAGAGAGUUAUUAGCUGAUGGUGGCCGGGCUCCGAGAGGACAUGGGCCGGGUCCCCCCUGCGCUGUCCCUGCAGGGAGCAGAGAGACUGCUGGGCCUGCACGCACCACCAGCCUAUUGUCAGCACAUAGAACCCUGGGGGCCUGGCCAGCUAGGCCAUGGAGAUUCUGUCUGCGGAUUGGUGGCAGCUAAGAGGCUGGUGCUCCAUAAGCCACCCUGCCCACCGGCUGCAGGGGUCGGUGAGGGUGGCGCGCUGCUGCCCACUCGCUCAUCCACCAGAGCACACUGCAGCCACUGUUUCCCCAAAUAAAAUCUAAUGCUUCUGA